AUGUCAAAGCAAUUUUAUUUCUUUAAAAAAGCAAUGCGAAAUAGACUGGAAGAUAAUACAUUUUGGACAUUGUGGGAACUUGUAGAGUCCUGGACUCAAAAUGAUUGGAUGGCAAUCUUUUUUAUAAUUUUCCUAGGGAUUAUUGUUGAGAUCAUACUCAUAAAGAUCUGUACAUCCUUUACUAAGAAGCCUGCACUUCCAGAAAAGGGUAGUUCAAGUGCCCAAGAGAUAACUGUCCAAUUCCUUCAUCUUCAGAAGAAAGGGAGUUCUUGUAUGCAAUAUGUCCUAAGUGACAACUCAUUUACAUACUGUAUUCUUAUAUUCAGAGUUGAUGACUUUUCAGAAAGAACAAUUACUUCAUCACUUACAUCUGAAGAAAAUGAAGGUGACUUUGAAGAUAGAGUUUCAACAGCAGAUGAAGUAAUAUGGUCAAGUACCAGUGAAAGUAAAUAUCAAGUAAGUCACUUUAGUGAAAGUCAUAUGAUAUCUUCAAAUGGGACUAGCUCAUCUUUGUCACUGUUUCGUUCAGAAGUAAAGGAAUUUUCUCCAAGCCGUGGAGGGUAUCCAGAAAAUGAACAUGAAACAGUACAAUUUUCAUCGAAGAAAUUAUUUUCAAUAAUGAAAACCAACAAAAAUAAAAAUUUAGUAUUUUCUUCUGACUUAAACUUUUCGAGAAGUUCUAGAAUCACUACAGAAAGUGAAGAUCUCAAUGUGGCACCACGCCCUCCUGCCCACUUAUUUCUUUCUAGAGACCAACUCAGACUUCUGGAAGAAAAUGUGAGAAAUCAAAUUGCUUUAAAAUCCAAAACUACAUUAGAGAGUAAAACUACUUAUCUGUACUCAAGACUUCAAGAGUCCUUGAUCCAGAAUCAACAUUCUGUUAGAAUGGGUAUUUCUACCCAACCACAAGAUUCUUUUCCAGGACAGAAUGCUCCUCAGAAUCAACAUUUUUAUGAAGCCAGAUAUACUAGUCAAGCCCAACAAUUUGUUAACAACCAAGAAUCAGUCAAUAGCCAGCCUGAUAUCAUGGCCAGAUACUUUGCUCUACCUCAAGAUUUGGUGAGGAAGCCAUUUUCCAGCAGCAUGCAAGACUCCUUCCAGACCCAAGAUAUGGACAGAAGCCAACAUUUGGUCAAUGUCUCAUAUUCUGUUGAGACUCAAGAUUCAGUCAAGGGCCUAGAGUCUGAUAAACACUUCGAACAGGCCCAGUAUUCUGUUUGGCUUAAAGAUUCAAACAAGAUUAAAUAUUUAAUUCGGGGGCGAAAUGCUAUUUUUAAGAAUGCCAGAUUUCUCGUUUUAAUGCUAAGUCCAAAUUCAUUUGCAGAAGGGGUGCUACAAAUAAAGACUGUAAAGCCAGGGGGCCAGAAACAAAUUGCUUCAUCAGAAUUAAGUCAGUAUUCUGUAUAUGGCUCAGGGCCUCUGUCACCUAUCCUUAAAAGGCAGAAAAACAGGAGAAAAAAAUUACCCAGUAAAAGUAAACUUAGUCUCAAAGUUCCAUCUCAAAUGUCAAAGAAAACACCAACUCUACGGGUAUUUCAAAUGACAGUAUGUCACACUUCAAAACCUAGCAAGUUUGGAUACAAGUAUAAUGCUAAGAAGGAAGAAUUACAUCAAAGAUGUAUAUCAGAGAUGGCUUUGCAUCUUACUUAUGUUUCCAAGCUUAUUCCUCCUUAUGUUAAGAAGUAUGCCAGAAAAAAACUAGUGAAAGUCAUGCCAGGUGUAACAGGAUGUAGACAUUCUCUGUCACCAGAUGCAGAGAAUGUCAGUUAUGUGGGGUCUAUUGAGAAAAGAGGAACCUCAGGCAGUACUAAAAAUAAAAAGCAGCAUGGCAGAGAAAAUAAAGGACAAAUAACCAUUUCACCAAAAAUCCCACCUCAGCUAGAACAGUCUUUCAUGAUCAAUACUUUUCAACUAAAAUCACCUUGUUCUUCCUUAAUAGAAAUGACCUGGAAGAAUAAAGUGUCUCUUAAAGACCCAAUUACACAAGCAAAGGAAAUUGGUAUUGCAGACUUUUGUGCCCCAAAUAGUAAAAAAACAUCUGACCUGCAUAUUCCAAAGCAGGAGUCACCUUUAAAAGAAGCUUUAUCAGAACCUUGGCAAAAAUUUGUCUCCUCUCCCGAAGUGGAAUCAAACAGGAGACUGAAAACACAGGAAGACUUAAAAAGUACAGAGAAUUCCCAUUUUCCACUUUCAAGUGGAGAAAAGUUACCAACUAGUUCACCAGAAAUGCAAAAGUGCUUUCCAGAUGGAAACACACAAAAGCAAAAAGAUUUUCUAGAAAUUGUUCUGGAGACCUCAGAGGUUAAUCUGCUUAUAUCACUAGGAAUCAAAGAGCAUGAAGGCAGUGAACAAUUAGCAAGUGUAAAAACUCAAGACCGUACAGAAGAUGUAAUUAUGAAGGAAAAGAAACCACUACUAACACUUCAUGUUACAGAAUGUGAUAACCUAAGUGAAAGUGAGGGACUGGAAUGCAACACUAGAAGCAACAUAAAAAAUAUGCAAGGUAAAAGAAUAUUUGCUACAUUUCACAAUGCCACCAACACUACCAUUUCUGAACCACCUGAUAGGGAAAUGCAUAGUGGAUUAAAAGGCAAGACAGAUACAUCAACAACAGGGGUUAGUCAUUCAGUGGUAAAGCUGGAGAAAUUACCAGAUGAAAAGAAAACAUGGGAUGUAAAAUACAUUGAGAAGAGAUGUAUAUUUAAAAAGUCACAAGAACAUGACAGAGGGGAAGAAGAACAAACUUUUCAAGAAGCAGUUCCAGAGCUAACACAAGAUUUCAGCCUCAGCCUGCAACUAAAGCAGAAGCCUAAAUAUGUCAGAUUUGAAAUAAAACAGAGCAGUUCAGGAAGCAGAAAAACUCAAAGUAAAGAGCAAGAGGUACAACCACAAACUCUUCCUACAGAAAUAAUUUUGGGGACUAGUCCAUGCCCCCCGAUGGAUCCAUUUCAAAUUGAGGUAAAGCAAAGCACAGACAGACCUACAGGCAGAGGAGCUGCAGAUCCAGAGAAUCCUCUUCCAGUGCUAGAGAACCCACGAGUUGGCGAAGUUUUAAUUGAAACAACAGAAUGUGGUGUCCCAUUUGGUGGAAGCCCCAGAAAGAUACCGGAUGAUCAUAUUACAGAAGAAAAGGCAGACCUCCAACAAGUUUUACCUGCAACUGCCCUGGGGUCUUUCAUUAUCUAUAUGCUUCCUUUAUCACAUUUUAAAAGGCAGCAAAUUAGAAAGAGAUUAUCAGGAGCAAAAAGGGUACUCAGUCCCAAAUCUAUAAUUAUGAAAGUAAAGAAGCCAACAAAUUUACUGAUGCCUCAUAUCAGAAGGCAUGGUACUGCAAGUCUUAGGAAAAGAUUGAGAGGCAAUUUUAAAAUCCUAAUUAAAGAGAUGCUGCAAGAUAAAAUUGUGGCAGAUGUGCUUGUGAAUGUUACUUAUCCUCACAUGUCUAUUUUGCCUCGGAUUAGAACACAUGGCAGAUUAAAUGCAGAGAAUCACGGUCAGACCAAGCUAAAACAAGAGAACUCAGAAGAUGAAAGGGAAGAAAAGUAUUCAGAUUCUAUUAAUAAAGGCAGUGACUCUGGCAACACAUUAGAAGAAGUUAAAUUGCAAGAUGAAGUGAGAGGAGACAAAGAAGCUCCACCAGAAGCAGUCCUUCAUGACAGCUGGAACCUCCAAUUGGAUGCCAAUCCAGAGAAGGAGCUCAAAGCAGAGGAAGACAUACCUCAACCAAUUACAUCCAUGGAAACCCUUACAGAGUCUGUUUACUCUUCCAUAGUGGAUCUAUUUCAUGUUGAGACUAUGAAGAAAAGCCUAACAACACAAGCAGACUUAAAAUGCGCUGUAGAUUCUGAGACACCUCUCCCAACAUCAGAGACACCUCUCCCAACAUCAGAAAAAUCAUUGGCUGGAGACCCUCCAAACCAAACAAGAGAAAGUGAUGUUCUAGAUUAUGGAAGUGAUGCAAGGGAAAUGGGUUACUUUUCUGCAGAAACAAGUUCUGCAGAAUUACCAAAAGAUUUACCAGCAACUUUUCCAGAGACUUUUAAUUGCCACAUGCCUAUUUUAACUCAUUCUAAAAUGAAUAAAAACAAAGUAAGAUUCUCAUCCACAGAAGGUUCAGUGAAGCCCAGAUCUGUACAUACGAAGACAAUGAAGCCGUCAGUUUCACAAGUAUUUAAUAGCACAGGUCAGAGAAAGAAAUUGGAUUCCAAAUAUAAGGCCAAGUUGGAGAAGAUCAACCAAGCUAAUGGAUUGGUAUAUGAAUUUAUAAAUACCCUUUACUCUCCCAUGCAGAGCUUCUGUCAUGCUCAGUUAAAGCAAGGGGAAUUAGGGGAAGUGAGACCACGGUAUGUUGAUUUCUUUGACAAGAGCAGAGCAUUCCAUGACCGAGAGGAAAAAGUGGAAGAUGGAGAGGAAGUGGAGCAAAAAACUUUGCUAGAAGCAGCUUCACAGCAUACCCAGUAUCUCUGGCCCGAUGCCUGUCAAGGGAAGAAGACCCACCUUGACGAACCAGACUCAGCACUGGACUGUUUAACACAGGAGCUGUCUGUUAAUGAGCAAGAUGCGCAGCACCAAGCAUGGUUUGUUCAAACUGCUUUGCAGACUGGCCACCAGAAGGGUCCUCGAGAAGCUGAGGAACUCAAGAAAACCAGCGAAACAGAAAAUGACAUAACAGCCCCUAUGGGUCCAAAGAUUCCAUCUCCCAAAGCACAGAACUCUUUACCACCUCCAGAGAAUAGCCGAGUCUUUAUAUUCAAUGCAUAUCAGAAGAAUUGUGACCUUGUCAAAUCAGAUGAGGAACUGAAACAACCACGAAGUAUAAAUAUUCAGGUACAACCACGAAUACAUGGUACACAAGCUAUUUUAGGUUCUGCUUCAUGCCCCAUGGUGGAUCAGUUUCAAUUUGGAAAGCUAGAGAGUUAUGCUAGGUUUUCACCUCCAAAGUCAGGGGAAGCAAGGAUGGAUGAAAUCAUUUUUUCUACAAGAGAGUAUGGUGUCCCAUCUGAUGCAAAUCAUCAAAAAGAACAGGCUGGUGGUAUUGAAAAGAAAGACACAGUGACUUUUGAUUUCUGCAUACCUGCUUUAUCUACAUUCAAAAGGAAGAAACAUUUAAAAAAAUAUUCAGACACGAAAACUUUAGUGAAUCUCAAAUGUGGAAUUUUAAAAGCAAAGAAGCCAUCGGUUUCAUACAUAUUGAGUAUUAAAGGUGGUGCUAGCCCAAACCAUAGAAAAGAAUUGGAAUAUAACUCUACAACCAAACUGGAAAAGAUGGAUCAAGGUGAAAAAAUGGCAGCUAAAAUGUAUUCUUUCAUGAGCAUUACACCUGAUAUUAAUAGGUAUAGCAAUACAGAAAAAGGUAUGUUAGGAGAAAGAAGUCUCAGUUCUAAACAAGUAAAGCAAGCAUUAUUACCACAUCAAGAGAAUAUUACUUCAGAUGACACUGAAGAGAACAGUCUUCAAGAUGCAGAGGAAGAAAGAAGUGAACAGGAGAUAUUAAAAGUAAUUCCACAGCACAGCCAACACUUCAAAUUCUGUUCAGGCCAAAGGGAAGAGCUUGACCUUCAUCAAUCAGAAAACCAAGGAAGAGGGAACAUUCUCUUUGUUACUGAACAAGGCAUCUCACAACAAAUGCAGCGUACAGAUUCAAUGCAGGGAGAGAAGCCAAAGAAAAGCUUCCAGACACAAAAUGGUGCAAUAUAUACAGCAAGGUCAAAGCUUCCUCUUCUAAAGUCAAAGAAAUCACUAAUUGGUCAAGUUUUAAUGGAUACAAUGAAAGGUGGUGUCCUAAGUGUUGGGAGCCAUAUGGGGGAAUUGUACAGUCAUGAUAAAGAGGAAAAUGCAGAGUUUAAAAAAGAUCUACAAGCAACUGUCCUGGAGUCUUCAGAUCUAGGGAAAUCACCAUGUGAUGGGGAAGUGUGGAAGGCCAAUUCAGCUGAUCCACAAAACAGAUCCAGCAACACAAUGAAAAUGAACGUGCAACAUGAAAGGGAAGAGGAAAAUAUCAAAAAAAUGUUAUCAGAAUCAGUCCCACACUAUAACCAACACUUCAGUUUCAGUGCCCAUCAUAUGAAAAAUUUUGGUUCUUACCAAUCAGAAUCUGAAUUGAGUGAUUUAGAAGUCAGAAGCACUUGGAAUUUGUCUUGUGCAGCACAAAAAAUGAGGCAAGAAAAAUGCUUUAGAGAAACUAUUUUGGAGCCUGUUUCUAGACACGUGAUGAAUCUUCUUCAAGUUGAAACAGAGAAAAAAAGUCUUCAUACUCAAGAAAGAAUUAAAUGUAUGGGAGGACUAAAGACUCCAUUUCCAAAAGCAAGGAAAUCAGAGACUGGUUCAAUACAAGGUGGCGUUCUCUGGGGUGGAAAUCCUAGGAGAAAAUGGGAUAGUUAUAUUUUUGAGAAAAAGGCAUGGAAUCAAAAUGACUUAGUAAGAAUAGUCUUAAAAUCUUCAGGUUUUUCCAGCCUUGAUUCAUGUGAACCUAAAAGCCAGAGCUACACAUUAGAGUUUGUAGGCAAGAAAAGUAUAAUAAAUCCCAAGCAUGUAACUUUGAAGGCAAAGAAACGAUCAGUUUCACAGUUGCUUAAUAUCACAGGAUGCAUUACAGGAAGCCAUAGAAAGAUGAAGGGGUGCAAAUUUCAGUACAAGAUGAAAACGAGGCAGUGGUUUGAAGGUGUGGGCGAGGCAUCACUCCUUGCUGCUGAGGGAACUAAGAUUCCACCACCCAAGUUAGUGACUGAUGAACGCUCCCUUGAUGCAACAUCAAGGGGCACGCUAUAUAACAGAACACUUCACAGAAAUCUGCAUGGUCAUAUUACAGAGGAAAAGGCAGAGUUAUGGGAGAAUUCAGCCACAACUUUCCUGGAGCCUGUAGAUUUCUUUACACCAAUUUUAUCUGACUCUGAAAGCCAGAUAAACACAGUACGAUUAUUAGAAGAGAAAAUCACAUUGAAUCCCAGAUGUUUAACUCUGAAGGAAAAGGAGCCAGCAAUUUCACAAAUACUUAAAAUCAGAGGGCGGUUUACCACAAAACGCAGGAAAAAACUUGGAUCCAAUUUAAAAACCAAAAUGCAACAGAUGAGUCAAGGUAAAAAUGUGGCUGAUACAUUUCCAAAUACCAUUUACUUCACACCAGAUACCUAUGACAUUGAAAGACAAAGCAGAUUCAAAAUAGGGAUGGACAGAGUAUCAAGGUUUAGUCAUGUACAACCAACACAAAUGCAGUUGCCAGUUGAAGGGCUAGUGAUUUCACAACCAUUUAAUAUCACUGGCCAUGCUGCUUUAAGCAUUAAUGAGCAACAGGGAAAGAAGAUAGACGGAAAGAGAGAGAAAACUGUAUUAAAUGUGGACCUAAAAUUUGUGUAUGAUUCUAUGCCUAUUUUAUCACACCUAAAAAUGGAGCCAUCACCUAGUACCUGGGAUAUCUAUGAAGAAUCUUCUGGAAAGAGAAAUGCCCUAAACAAAGCAAAUGCUAGUUCUGCUUAUGCCUACAUACCUAUGUAUCCUAAAAUCAUAAAACAUAAAGCUAAGGCAAAAACAGCAGGUGUGAAAAACACUAUGCAUAUCAGACAGAUGAAAUUGAAGGCAAAGAAACCACCUGUCUCCCAGCUGUUUAAUACUAUAGGAUGUGGAACUAGAAGAAACAAAAAGGAACUGAGAUGUGACAUUAAGAAACAGAAGGAGUUCCAGCAAGAUAAAACCAUAGUAGAUUUAUUUCUGAACACUGUUUGUGAUUCUGGAUCUCUUUCAUCUCAAAUUAAACAAUUUACAGAAGUAGAAAGGGAGAAAUCCAGGCCAAGAAAGCCCAUAAACGUUCUUCCACAGCUAGAGCUGGAGAAGUCACUAAACAAAAGAAAAAUGUCAUCUUCAGAGUCCACUGAUAUAAAGAGUGCUUUCUCAAGAAAUAUCAAAACACUGAAACAAUGCAUUAGAGAGCAAAAAGAAAAGCGCCAAAUUGUUUUACUAGACCUUCUCCCACAAUGUAGAGAUCAGUUAGUGAUUAGCCAACAUGUGAAGAAGGAGCUUGACCAUGUGAAAAUAGGAGUAGCUUUGAAAAGAGAAGUAUACUCUGGUCUAGCUUCCCAGAAGAGGGAAAUCAAUUACACUAGGUUCGACAUCCCAAGAAUCAGAACUCAUACAGAAUGUGAAUUCCUUGUUGCUCCAAGAGUAAAGCACAAAGAUGCAGACGUCGUCAAACAUUCAGUUUCAAUUCCAUGGGGGAGAGGAGUAUCCAAGAAAACCAAUAUUUCAUUAAAUUCAAAAGGACAGAAUAUAUUUCUUACAGAGUUGGAUGCUUCUCAUCAAAAGACUCACAAGGAGCAAGAAUUUCAGAAACAAGGAAGUAUUUCACUGACAAUUCAGGGGUCUUUUGCCUACCCCAUUAUGGAACCUCCUCAUUUGAAGAACACAGGAAAGGUAGCUGAGGAAGAUAUAUACACUAACAAAAGGAAUAUUUCACAUUUAUUGAGAAGAGAAGAUAUAAAAGAAACCAAUAUCUCACAACGUUCAAAAGGACAGAAGUUUCUUUGUACCAGUCUGGUGGGCCAGCAAACUAUGUCUGCAGCACAGAAAGGAGAGGUGAAACCAGCUGGUGUUCCUGAAAGUAUUGUGGAUUCUGUGUCCCGCCCAGGUAAAGAGCCUCUUCAGGUAACACAGGCGGUAAAUACAAAGAAGGAAGAUCUAAGCACUUCUCUAAGUUUACGUGUAAAUCCAGGGAGAAAAGAGCGAUCAAAGUUAACGGACAUUCCAUUAAGAUUAAAUGGACAGAAAAUGACUUCUGAAAAACUGGGGGUGAAGCAACUACAUAGUUCCAACCAGAAUAAAGAAAAUAUUCUGGAAUCCAUUUCUUCUUGCAUGUUGGAUCAAUUCUAUAAUGAAAAGCUAAAGAAAAAAGUCUCAGCAAAAGGGGUGAGUUCAAAAGUUUUGAGUUCAGUAGUAGACAAAGCAUUGAAUGAAGCAGAUACUCCAGUAGAUCAACCUUCUCUUAGCUUGCAUAAUAGAAGAAGAAAAGAACAUCAAAAAGAAAGUACAUGCAAGGUUCUCCCAAAAUCUGUUUCUCAUUCCUUGAUGGAUGUACUUCAGAUUAAGUUGCCAUGUGUAAAAAAAACAUUAAAGGCUCCAACGUACCACACUGCAAAUACAGAAGGAAUUGGCUUGCUUGUUGAGGGAAAAGAAGAAGAGCAUCCAGAAUGUAUACACUAUAUUUCUCCAAAGUCUGCAUCUCACUCUUUGAGGGAUGUAUUACAGAGUAAGAUAGCAUGUGAAAAGAAGGCAUCAGAAGAAGUAGUUAGCAUUGUGGAUUACAUUCCAAGUACAGAAAAAAUUAGCUCGCUCGUUACAGGAAAAGAGAGCAAGGUGCACACAGGUAAAGGUCAAUCAGGUAUGAAACUGACAAGCUUGUGUACUUCCUUACCAUCUCUAUCACAAACUAAUGUGAAUUCAAGAAUAAAAGUAGGACAAGAUAAGUCAGGAAUACCAAGGAGCUGCCUUCCACCACUAAAGCUCCAGGUAUUACCAAAUGUCAGGAAAACUUCAUUUGCAGAGUCAAUUAAUAGAGGUAGUUUAAGCAAUGUAAGAGAAUCAAAACAUUUGCCACAGGGAAAAAAAGAAGAUGGAGUAUAUGUGAAAGACAUAAGGGGCCUCAAAUGUGUCACUUUUAAAGGAAAGAAAACACCUUUUGAACACACACUGCAUGGAAAAGAACCACAGUGGAACAACAAAGAACAAGAGGAAAUGAUGCAGAAAGAUAAAAGUAAUCUAGACAUAGUUCAGAGUAAACGCCAUGCUUCCAUUCCUUCUUCACCUCAUGCGGAGUGGGAUCCUGGAAUAAAAGAGGUGCUCAUGCGAGGAAUCACAGGAUUUUGUCUCCCAUCACUGACGCUCCAGGAAUUAUCAGAUACAAUGGGAAUAUGUGAGGAGCCAGCUGAUGAUAUUUUAAGCAGUAUAAAAAAGGCAAAAUAUAUGCCACAGAAAGAUGGAGUGGAAAUGGCUUUGGAAGAAAUCAGGCAUCCCAAAAGAAUAGCUUUGAAGGCAAAACGGACUCCAAUUGCACACGAAUUACAGUUGAACAUCAAAGAAAAAGAGAAAAAGAUGCAGGAAGAUAAAGAUGAACCAGUUGGGAUUCGGAGCAAAUCUUGUGUUUCCAUCUCUUUUCCACCUUACUCAGAAGUGGACACAAGAAUAAAAGGGGAAGAAGCCUUGCUAAUAAAAACAAGACCAUCUUUCCUACAAACAGAACUCCAGGAGUCAUCAGAUAGAGGAAAAAUAGCAUACAAACAGUCUAUUCACGGUGAUACCUCAAACAGUGUAAAAGAAUCCAAGGAACAUUAUAUAAUGCAGGAAGAAGAGGAGAAAGUAAAAAUGGUAAAAGUCAUGCUUUUGAGGAAAAAGAGAUCACCAAUCUUACAGGAAAUCCAGCUGGACAUCAAAGAGCAAGAGGAGAAGACACAAAAAAUUAAAGGUGAGCCAAAUGUCCUCGUGACCAAUACUAGCACUUGCAUACCUGCUCCUUCUCAUUUACAGUUGGAUACAAGAAUAAAAAAAGCAGACUAUGUAACUGAAGUAACAAGCUCCUCUCUUCCAGAACCAUCACAGCAGAAAUCAUCAGAUGCAGUGAAAAAAGCAAAUAAGUCCACUGAUGGUGAUAUCACAAGUGAUGUACAAGAAGCAAAAGAACUUACACCACAGAAGGAAGAGACUAAUGUAGAGAAAUCAGCCAAGGGAGACAUGAUGCAUCCAAAAGAUAAAGAUUUGAAAAGAAAGAAAGCACUAUUACAGGACAUACCAUUGAAUCUUAAAGAGCAGGUGAAAGAGGAUCCAGAAGGUGAAGAGCAGGGGAAAGUGGAUAGAGGAGGUAAAGGUGAACAAGAAGUAGUUCUGCCCACAAAUUGGGCUUCUGAAUCUUUAACUCACCAUGAAUUGAACACAAGAAUAGGAGAGGAAGACAGGCAAGAAAUAACAGGAUCCGCUGUUUCACAACUACAGCUACGGAAAUCAUCUGAUGCAGGGAAAAUAGUGUAUACAAAGUCAGCUGGAGAUGAUAUUUCAAAUGAUGUAAGAGUAGUACAAGAGUAUGAGCCACAGGAAGGAGAAGAUAGAAGAAAAAUAGUAAAUAUAAAAUAUAUAAUGUAUCCCAAAGGCACAACUUCCAAGGCAAAGGUAUUACCACUUCCACAUGUACUCUGUAUCUCUGGGGGUUGUGACGCCCAAAUUAGAGAAGUACAGACAAGCAUAAAAGAAAAAUUAAGAUACAUACAAGAAAGAAGUGAGCUAGGUAAGGUUCUGACAAGACCUUCUCUGCCUCAGUUUAAAUUAAACAAAAGUAUAGAAGGCAAGGAGGAGAAACAAGUAUCAAGACCGUUUCUUCUACCCUCAUGGCCAAGGGAAUCAUCAAAUGCAGAGAAAUUAAAACGUACAGUACUACCUUUGAAUGAUACUUCAAAUGAUUCAAAAAGAACAAAAUACAUGACACAGAGAGAAGAGGAUAAAGCGAAUACUUUUGAGAAAGACAUAAUGCAUUCUAUGUAUAUAGCUUUGAGGGCAAAGAAGUCACCCCUUUCCCUUAUAGUCAAAACAAAGAAACUGCAAGUGAACAUCAAAGAACAAGUGAAAGUGGGACAAGAAGAUAACAAGGAAACCGUUGUGCUUCUGCGCAAAAUUCAUCCUUUUCUCAUUUCCUCAACUCAUCUUAACACAAUAAAAGACGAGGAAGGUGAGCCAGGAAUAAUAAUAAACGAUGCGCCACAUCUUGAGCUCCAAGAAUCAUUGCCCUCAGGGCAGUUAGCAUCUACAGAUUCACCUGAUAGCCAUGUGAAGAAAGGAGACCCACGCCCACGACAGGCAGAAAGGAACGGAGUACAAACAGGAGCCAUAAAUGGCUCAGUGCAGCCCCAGGGCACAGAUUUUAAGGCAAAGACAACACCACCUUCUCAUACGUUCAGUGUCACUGAACACGGUGCUUUGAACCAGAGAAAGGAACCACAGUGGCAUAUGAAGGAGAAAGUAGAACAGGAGCAGCAAAGAACAGGAGAUCCUGAUGUGACUCUGACAAAAACUUCUCCUUCCAUACCUUCUCCAUCUUACCACAGAUUGGACACAAGAACUAAAGUAGACAAAAAUUUGCUUGCAGUUACAGGAUUCUCUCCUUCACAAUUGCUGUGCUCCAAGUCAUCAGGUGCAGGAAAAAUCAGAUAUGCAGAUUCCAAUGAAAGUAUUAGGUCAUGUAAUGUAAUAAUAAAAGCUUAUCAAAGUAUGCCAUAUACAGAGGUAAAGGACAGAGUAAAAAUAAAAGGUGGGAAAGAUCGAAGAUUCCCCCAAAUAAUCACCUCGACAGCAGAGACAUCCCCACUUCGACAUCUACCCAGUAGAAAGAGGCUACCUUUGAAUAUUAAAGAGCAAGGAAAAGAAGUGCCAGAAGGCAAAAGUGAACCAGAAAUGGUUCUGAAGGAAACCUGUGCUGCCUUACCUUCUCCAUCUUACCUGAAAUGGGACACAAGGAUGAAUGAAAAGGAAGACACACUAAGAAUAACACAAUCCUAUUUUCCACCACCAAAGAUUCAGGAUCCAUCCAGUUCAGGCAAAAAGCCAUAUACUAAGUCAUUUGAUGGUUGUGUGUUAAAAGAGAAGGAUAGACUCAAAACAGAUCUUGAAAACAAAAUGGUCCCAAUACCUAUGGCUGUGAAGGCAAAGGAAUUACCACUUUCACGUAUACUCGAUACCAAAAAAUUGCAGUGGAAAAUUAAAGAGCAAGAGAGAAAGGUGCAGAAAGAUGAAAAUGACCUAGCUACGCAUCUGGAAAACAUUUGUACUUCUUUACUUACUCUACCAUAUCUUAAAUUUGGUUCAAGAGAAGGAGAGGGGUACAUGAUAAGAAUUACAGAACUGCCUCUCCUGCACCUACAGUCCAAGGAAUCACCAGGUGCAGUGAAAACAACAUACGCAGAAACAACUGAUGGAGAACUUUCAAAUGAUGUAAAAAAAUUAAAAGAACACACAUUACUGAAAGAAGUGAGGGACAGAGAGAAAAAGGUGGAUAUGAAUGGUAUGGUGGAUCCCAAUGAUAGGUAUUUAAAAGCAAAGAAAUCACCUAAUUUACUUAGAUACAAUCUAAGUGCCCUUCGGUGGAAAACUAAAAAGCAAGAGGGAACAGCUCAGGAAGGUCAGUGUGAGCCAGGUGGUGCAGUGCUGACUAAGACUUGUACUUGCAGAUCUCCCCUACUUCACUUCAACACAAAUACCAGAGUUGAAGAAAAGAGAAUACCAAUAUUAACGAGAUCCUCUUUUCCCACAGUCAGCUCCCAGGAAUCAUCAGAUUCUGAGGACAUGGAAUGUAUAGAGCCCAUUACCAGUGAUAUUUUAAUCAGUCCACAAAAAGGAAAAUAUCAUAUGCCCCAGAACAAGGAAAAGGAUGGAGUAGAAAUAGUAAACCUCAUGCUUCCCAAACAUCAAGAAAAGAAGAUGCAGGAAAGUGAAGAUGAACCAAGUGUGGUUGUGGCCAACUCUUCCUCUCCAUUACCAUCUCUCCCUCACCUGCAGUUGGAUAAAGAAACACAGGUAGGUGAUGAAAUGCUAGGACCUGCAAGGUCUGUUGUGCAACGAGAAUCAAAUGCCGGGGAAGUAGUACAUACAGAAGCAAUCCAUGGUGAUGUCAUGAAAGACAGUCAAAACAAGAAACAACUCGUGCCGCAGGAAGAGGAGCAGUACAGAAAAAAAACAAUAGAUAUGAGAAAUAUGACACACACCACAGAUAUAAGUUUGAAGUCCAGGAAAUCACCUCCUUUACUUAUGCUCCAUAGAACAGAAUUGCAUCUGAACAUUGGAGGGCAAGAACAAAAGAAAGAUGAAUGUCCAGGUAAACCACCUGGUACAGUGCUAAGAAAAAUUUAUGUUUCCAAACCUCCAGCUGAAAUUACAUUGGAUAAAGGUAUACAAGUAGAUGAAGAAAGGCUUAGAAUUAAAAGACUCUCUCUAAUUCCACAAAUGCUUUCAGCAGUAUCAGAUACAAAGAUGAGAGCAGAUACUGGGGAAAUUUGUGACAUAAGAGAAAGAAAACAACAUAUGUCACAGAAAGAAAAAAAGCACGAAGUGAAAACAGUAGAUAUGAGGAUCAGGAUGCAUCACAAAGAGGCCAGGAUUUCGUCAAUUUCACAUAUCUUUAACACAAAGGAAUUUGUGUUGAAUAUUAAAGAGCUAAAGGAAAACGUAUACAAAGGUAAAGAUGAGCUACCUGUGGUUCUGACAAGGACUUUUCUUUCUGUCCCAUCAGCACCUUCCCUUUAUCUAGACUCAGGGAGCAAAGUAGACAAAGAUGUGCCAGGACUUACAGGAUCCUCUCCUCCACAGCAAAAUCUCCAGGAAUCAUCAGAUACCCAGAAAACAGCAAUUAGAGAGGUAGUUGCUGGUGAUGGUGAGAUCGUUAAAAAAGCGGGACACUCUGUGCACCAAGAAAAAGCAGUGCAACAGUGGACCUCAAACUUCAUGAUCAGUGUACAGCGAAGGAAUGAACCUCCACGAGUCAAAUCUGAAGGAGAUCUGAGUCAGUUAGUUUUAAAUUCACAGCAUGAGAACAUUUAUUUAACAGGAUUUGGUACCGUAAGUGGGAAGAGGCUGGAGUAUUUCUUUACAGGACAAGAGGUUCAGCCAGAAAAAUACAAAACAGAAACUUUCACUACAUUUCUUCCCUACCCCACCAUGGAGCCCACUAAAAUUGGAAAUCUGAAGAAACAAACUGAAAUAAUGGAUAACUUAAACCAUAAAAUAAGCCCUAAGGUUUUAGUUACACCACCAAAGAAAAUAUCCAAGGAAAUAUAUAUCACAUUUGGUGCCCCCGUAAGUGCAAAAGGAUUUUCUGUUUUAGAGCAAGAUGCCCACCAACAAAAAACUUUAUCAAAAGCAUCUCCAGGAUCUGCAGAUUCAUAUAAAUUUGAUAAGCCAGCGAAAGAUGUACAUAAUAACGAUAAAGUGAGCAAAAUGCUCUCUCCCAAAGUGUUGGCCCCACAGACAGAGGGAUCACUUGAGAAAAUGAAUAUCGCAGAGUCAGAUACCUCCCCAAUUAUAGAGGAACAAGAGAUUGUUGUGAAAAAGCAAGUGGUGCUACAGUCUGAAAGUGGACAUAAGACCUGGCUGGACUCCAGCUUUUCUCUUAAGUUCCCACUUCAAAAUGGAAGGCAGAAGACGCCAUUGGAAACAGAUGUACACAAGCAAACUGUAGUGUACCCCAGAAUACAAAUACUACCAGGAAUACACAUGGAUAUUACAGUGUUUGAUACCAUAGGAGGGAAAAAAGAGCAGGGAUUGCCAGUUCCACAACAAGAGGAAUAUAUUCUAGAAUCACUUCAGAAGUCUCUUUCUUCCCACUGGACUUUUCCACUUCAAUCUGGAGAUCUGGAGGGAAAAAAUAAAAUGGACACAAGCACUACUAUAAAUCUAGAGCAAAAAACAUUAGAAAUGGAAGAAGGGGAGUUAAAAAUAGACACAAACAUAGCUAUCCGUCUGGCAGCAGACAAAACAGAAAUGCACAAACACACCAUGGUCAAUCUGGAGGAGAACAAGAAAAGGGACACAAGCAAUACCGUAAAUCUGAACAUUCCGUCUCUAAAGGCACAAAUACCUCAAAUUAACACUCAGCUGAUAACUCAUAGAGCAAACAGCUGCCCAAUCAAGCAAAAACAUAAAAAGGAACUAGAAGUCUCUGGUGCAAAACAAAAUAUUCAGCCACAGAAAUUGUUUCAAAAACAUGUUCUGGAUUCAUUUUAUGCCUAUAUUCCUCUUUCUCUCAAAUUUAAAGGCUGGAAAGGCAGGUUAACAGUAGCAGAUUUGAAAAGAGAAUUGAGCCCCAAAUAUUUAACCAUGAAAAUCCCAAAUCAUCCAGUUUCACAGAUUCUUAACAACAUGGGACAUGGCACUCCAAGCAAUAGAAAGAAAUUAGAGUAUGACUUGAAGAAACCAAAGAAAACAGUUUUGUGGAGUGAAGAUGCCUCAGGAAUAUUUGUCAGAAGUCUUUCUAUUUCCACGGUGAGUUCUUCUCAGAUAGAAGAAAUAGUAGACUCUGAGACAAACCGAGGAAGAGAAAAGAUACUCUUUCCUUCUGAAUUCCAGCAGAAAUCACCACACACUCAGGGGAAUAGCUUGAGCACUGUAAAAGAUGGGGACCAGAAUUUUACAGACACAGCUCCACAGGAUUCCCAGCCCUCUGUGGUAGAGGAGCAACAAAUGCAAAAACUCCCCAGUGUCAAAUCAGAAGCAAACCUCGGCAGUGAAACAAAGGAAAAAAAUUUAAUUCCACAAACCAAAGAAGAAAGGGUUGUUCCAGGGCAUGACAGCUCAAGGAUCAUAAAAGAAUCUGACUUGCGUAUGACUGAAGAAGAAGGAAAGGCACCAAAGCCCCUUCUGACACCCGCAGAGGGUCCACUCAUGUCUGACGAGCCAAAGGACAAUUGUAUCUCACCCCCUCGGUGGGGGGAUCAGAGCGAACCCAUCCAGGCUACAACCGCACAAAACGUCCAGCACCAAAAACCUUUUCCAGGAACCGGGCCUAUACCAUCCCAAGUUAAAAGUAAUGAAAUAAAAGUAGUGCCAGGUAGUACAAGUACAGAAAGUUUACUUCCUCUUUUUGAAGCAAUUAAAAAUAUCUUUGAAUCCCAGAUAAAAAAUAUGAUCUAUGACAACAUUUGUGAGGAUAUACUGAAAAAAGUAAAAGCCCCAAAACCUGAUGAUUGGAAGUUACCACCACGUGCAGGGAGCCCAGAUACAACAUGCACAACAGUACCUCCCGACAUGCAGCCAAAACCCAUUUUGGAACGUUUCACUCCCAAAGAAAACAAGCUCACUAAUCAUUUCGAGUCAAAAGCAUUUGAAAUAAAACUGAAUCUGAUACCAGAGAUGGUAAAACAAUCCUUCCAAAAGUUCAACUUUUAUCUAAAUCAGUCUUUUUCAGAAGAUAACAGUUGGAGGCUAUAUCCGAGACAUAAAAAAAUGUGCUUUUUGUCUCUAAAAGGGAUUGAUACUGUAGAACUUCACUUAAAACAGAAAUGCGCCCAGGAUUCACCGCCUGUCAGCUGUAUGAAGACACUGAUUGUCAGUGUUUCAAGUGACAGCGAAGAGAUCACUACAAAGUUAAGGAGGAUUAGUAAGCUAGAAAGUGGAGUGUCUUCAGUGACUUCAGCUAAGCAGAUGCCAUGGCCUCAUAUUCUUCAAAACUACUCAGUAGAAGAAAAAGACAAACUGCUCAUACACUUUUCUAUGAAAACAUUGGAGAUUCACAUGAAAGCCUUUCCCAAAAUUGUAAGAGAAUCUUAUGCAGUGGGCAGUCCUCAGAAUAUAAGGAAGCCUUUAUCUAAAUGUAUUCAUUCUGGUUUCAAAGUACCAAAACGAAAAAAUAGAAUUUUGUUACUUUUUGAGGAAAAAUCUCUUCAUCAAAUAGAUCUUGAUUUACAAUACAAAUACCUUCAUUUUCUCCUGGGGCUUCCAGUCGGAAGUGUAUUCCCUAAACCAACUGCACUUCCCAAACAUAUUCUUAAGUUAAACACAGUUGCAAUAUGUGAAAAUAUAGAUAACAGGGGAGAAAGUGGUGGUGAUCUUUGCAUUGACAUGGAACUGUUAGAACAGCACAUCUCUUUCAAAAAUCAAAGUCCUCAUGAAAACUCAUCAUUGAGAAAAUUCCGGGAGCCAACCCUUGUGUGUGCUUCCGACCCCAAUCAACAAGGCCCAGUGCAGAAAGAUACUACAGCUCUUUCAGAGUUAAAAUCUCACACGACUCUGGAAAAAGAUAAACAAUGUCAUGUAUGGUUUCAAGAAACAGAUAUAUGCAAAUCUUUUGAUUCAAAGACUCAGGAAAGCACUCCCAGUUUAGUUGAUUCCCAUUCAACUCAGAUUUCUGAAGAUUUUACCGAGAGUCAGACAAAUAUUGAGAGUUCAGCCAACUUGGAGGAAUGCUCAGCUCUUGAAGCACAUGAGAGUGAAGAAUGUAUGUUUUUGGAAGCCAACCCUUAUUUAAGUCAGGAAUCACAAAACAUUCUAUUUGAAUUACAGGAAGGCAUUCCUUUGGAAAAUCUCUACAAGAUGAAAAAAAGCAAAACUAAUUUGAAACCAUUGUACAGGGAAGAUUCAGGUUCCCAACAUAUUAGAGGCUGUAGAAAACAUUCCUCAAUUGUCACACCUUCCUAUGAAUCCCACAAAAGCAGGAAAUAUAGGUCAUCCUCUAAAAUGCCAUCUCCUGACUGGUUGCGCCACGGUUCAUUAAAUGCUGUGGAAGUUCUGUCUAGAUCAUCUUCCAUUCCAUUCAGUGAAGAGAAGUCUUCGUGGACUGCAAGGUGCAGAACCAACCAUUCUUUAGCUCCCUUAACAGAAUCAAACAUCAAAUUACAUCUUGCAAAAGGCCAAGGCAAACCUCACAGACAUCUGGAAAGCAAAGAAGGAAAGAAGGCCAAAUCUGAUUUAUUUAGAAAGAACAACAUUCUUUGGGACUGUGAUUACAGUUAUACAUGGACUAAAGAGAAAUGCACAAGAAAGAAGAAAGUCCGUAAUUGUGAGUCAGAAAGAUCAAAUUACUUCUCAAGCAAACCUAAGUUACCAUCAAAGCUUCAUCAAGAGGAUAUCAACUUUCAUUCUGAAAGAAAACAAAACCAGCCAUUUUUUUAUGCCUGUAUACCAGCAGAUUCACUGGAAAUUAUGCCCCAAACCAUUCGCUGGACUAUUCCCCCAAGAACUUUAAGGAAGACAAACUUCAGAGUUCCUCUGGUGGCAAAGAUUUCAAGUUCUUUCAAUAUAUGGACUUCAUCCAAAAAGUUUUUGGAGUCCCUCUUGGAGUCCUUCAGUCCAGUUCAUCCAAAUAGAUACUAGCAUACCUAGAUUCCUCUGAAGUGGAAAGCUGAUUGCUAUUGUGUUAUUCUGUGAAAAAUAAAAUCAGAUAAAGUCAAA